AUGCGGCACGCUUAUGAGCAAAAUUUCGAAGCUCACGUACUUGCAACCAUUUCAAGCGGGUUAGUAACAAAGUGCGAAAUGGCAAAAGGUUAUAUGAAACAAGCGAAUGAAAUCUUGAACGAUACAAUAAGAAAGCAGGACGAGAAAGAUGAGGAAAUUUCUUAUACCAUCACUACCGAUGACGAGGAUGCAAUACCAAAGGACCCUAAUCAAUUGUAUAGUGAUGAUGAGUCUACAAAAGAAAGUCCAAUGUGCAAAAAUAAUUUGAAAAGGAAACUAGAAGAUGAAUUACCAGGUUACGAUGGAUUAGCAUUUCUAUUUAAUGAUUCGAACGAAGAUACAAUUAUAGAAAAAAUUGACGAAAAUACCCUUGAGGAGGAAAGAAAAUUGCCACUAGCGGGUGAUAAUAAG